GAAAAAGAAAGAUUCUUAUCUGGAGAUUGAAAUGUCGCCUUCACCGGUAGACAGCAAGGUGCUUGAUACGCCUGCAAUAUCUAUUCCCACCCCUGAAAAGGACGAAAAGCUUCUCCUUCGGGCCCUAGAUCGUGGUGCGCCGGGUGACAAAGGAAGCCUAUCUCAGAACAAAACACCAGAAGAGAAAGAGCUUUCGAGGCGGAGGAAUCAGUACUAUGACGAAGCGUUUGCAUAUCGAGAGUCCAACUCUUCAGCGCGGGAGAGGAUCUCAAAAGAAUCACUGGUUAUGGCAGAUAUAAAGACAAAUGUCAUUAUUAAAGACGAAUAUACCUUUGUUACCGACCUCUCUUGUUUCCUGUCCGGCCGUUACCAACGACCAGAAUCCUCCAUCAUCGUCGCGCUUACACAUUCUGCAUGUUUGCUCUUCCGUGGAUCUUUUGACCCUGCCUACAUAUUUUCAAUAACAGCUCUCCCUUCGCAGGUACAACCAACAACAAACAGGAGAAAUGCAGCACUCAUACAGACCAGCUUGGAGGAAUCGCUAGGGGUCUGUCCUGAGCGAGGCUUGGUCAAGUUCAUUUCCAUACCGGAAGAGAAUAUAGCGAGUAAUGGCAAGACAGUUUCAGGUGCGAUAGAGGAUUUGGAGAUGGGGAUUGGAGAAUACAGUCUGGGGAGGACCUUAUCGCCAGGCAAGACGAGGAGCACGACAGGCAAGAUAAAGCGCAGUACGAAGUCAAUGCAUGACCUGAAGAUUUCAGGUCCGUUAUCCACUCAUUCUGAGCAGAGAACACCACUGAGGAGCGAUGAGGGGAGUCCAGCUGUACCAGAAAUUCCCACGGAAAAGAGCAUGAUAGACCAGAGAGCCGCGAAGGCGCAGAGAAUGGGACGGCGGAAGAGCUUCAUAGCAUCUAUGUUCAGCAGGUGAUAAUCAUGUGUGACCUGUGAAUCUCAGGCCUUUGGGUACUGACCGUUUUGAUCGUCGUGAAUUGUAUUUCUCUUCCGG